AAUCUGAUUUGUAAACAGUGGAACCAUUUCUAUGCGGUGCCGGCGGAACGCGAGUUUUUAGUCUUUUUUGUCGGUUCUGUGGUUAGUUUUCAUCGAUUUACCUACCGGAGGAAACGGUGAUCGGUUCUGGUGAUUCAACAUGCAGCGCAACUUGACGCAGUCCAAGGAAGCUCUGCUCAAAUCGUACAACACCCGUCUGAAAGAGGACGUCCGGAGUAUGCUGGACAAUUUCGAAGAAAUUGUCCGUCUAGCCAAAGGGGAGAAUGAAACUCAGUUCUCCAAAAUGACCCAAUGCGAGCAGGAUACCUACGAGAUGCAGGUGCGAGCAUCGAACAUCGUUCGCGCGGGGGAAUCUCUGAUGAAACUGGUAUCCGACAUCAAACAGUACUUGAUUCUGAACGAUUUCCACUCGGUAAACGAAGCCAUCUGCAGCAGCUCCCAGCUGUACCGGAGCACACAGAUGGACCGCGACAACAAAUUGAUGGCUGUGCGGGACGAUAUGGCCGCGGAUUUGUAUGAUUUGGAGGAGGAAUACUAUACUAGCAUGUACAAAUAGAGAUUGGGAGCGCGGUUGAGAGAAGAA